ACAUACAAAAAGAAGCAUUCAUCUUCAACCAAAUCUCCUCUCUCCACAGCCAUGAACGCAUCCACCUCCGAUUACUCCAGCGGCUGCGAAUCCGGCUGGACCACCUACUUCGAUCAAAUCUCCAAUUCCACAGAUUACUUCCACACCAAUUACCACGACAAAGCCGGCGCCGCCGCCUACUCCGACGAAGAUCAGUCGAUGGUAUCAGACGCCUCGUCGGCGCCGCCGCACCACUCCGCCUACUACGCCGCGGCGGAGGAAAAAAAGACGAAGAAGAACAACAAGAGCAAAGGAGCACACGCGAAGAAGGAGAAGCAGGCGAUGUGCCUCGACGACACGGCUAGCUCUUCCAUCUUCCACUUCUCGCAGAGCAAUGCACCUCCUUCCGAUGACUCCGCCGCGCAUUUUGAGGGCGAAUCCGUGACGAAGAAGCGCCUGAGUUUCUUCAAAUCUUCAACCAAAGGGAAAUCAGGAAAGAGGCAGUGAGAAUAAUGGGUGACAAAUGAAAAUGGGGAUGGCAUCUGAAUUUCCAAGAUUGUUGUCUGUGUAUUUAUCUUCUUGAUUUUUUAAUCUUUUUCUACCUCUGUUUA